GGAGACAGAGGCACUGCAGAACAAGACUGAAGAACAUUUUCUCUCCUUGGCCGAUCUCAACACUCUCUUGACAAUGUCUGACUGCGACUUGAUUCUGGCCAACUGGGGGAAAGUGGAGGGCAACCUUACUGGAUUGGGAGGAGAAGUUCUGACCCGUCUGUUCACAGAGCACCCCGAGACCCAGAAACUCUUCCCCAAGUUCGUAGGGAUCGCACAUGGUGACCUGGCUGGAAACGCAGCCGUUGCGGACCAUGGCAAAACUGUACUGUCAAAACUGGGCGAGAUCCUCAAGGCGAAAGGCUCCAGUGACUCCAUCAAGCCACUGGCUACGACCCACGCCAACAAACACAAGAUCGGCCUCAACAACUUUAAACUGAUCACUGAGGUCAUCAUCCAACUGUUCGGAGAGAAGGGCAUUUGGGAUGCUGCUGCCCAGGAUGCUUUCAGAAAGGUGAUGGGUUCCGUCGUCAACGAGAUCGGCUGCGUCUACAAGCAGCUCGGCUUCCCCGGCUAGAUGACAUUUGUCCCUUCGAGUCCCUGAUAUUGCCGGGACCAAGUAAACGAGUGUUUAUUUAGCCAAUGGGAGUAGAGUGUAAUCAAGACACUUAUGAUUAUUACUAUUUCUGCAAGUAAUGGUUUAACUGCAUAGUAGUAAGCAGUAGCUGUGGAGUGCAGGGCAAAACAAACAUCCACCUCAAAAAGAGUGAGACAACAAACAACAACAACAAAAAAAAACAAGGUUAAUGAAAUUAGAGUCCAAAAGUCUGAGCCUUUGAUUGGAUUAAACGUAUGGUUUGUUAGUAAGAGACGUUAGGGGUGAAUAAGUUGCAUCAGGUCCCCAGAAAGUAUGUAACUAGGAUGUUUGGAAUGAUUUGCAAAAAACGGAUUUGUCUCAGUUUUACAAUAACGUUUUUGUUUUUUUGUUUUUCUCUUGCUUGAUAAUAAGGAUUAACAUUUAAUAAGCUUAAUUAAAGCAGUUCUUCCUAAUCGACUUGUACUUUUGGACUGACUGCAUUUCACAGCCUUAUAAGAACACCACCAUCACCAGUUUUUUGUUUCUAAAAACACAUUUUUUUUAAAUCUUGUGUUUAAUCUCUGAUAAAGGUUUUGGGCCAAGCAAACUUAAAUAUAAAAGAUGUAAAAAAAAUAAAAUAAAAUUGGUUGAGGAGAAAUAAAAAAGGAAGAUGAGUAAACACACAUAAAAAAACAAAGAUAAAUUUGUCUCCCGGGCCUGACUCCUCAGAUAAGAACGACCAAUGAACAUCAAAGUCUCUUCGUCUAUAUGAGAAGAACUGGACGAGAAGAAAUCGGACAUGAGUUGCAUGUGCACAUGUGCCAUGCUUUUAAAAGUGCAGUCUUGCUGGUCUACAUCUCUCUUAUUUUAUUUCCUUCUUUUCACUUUCAUUAACAUGCUUUAAUGUGUGAUUAUUUACUGAUCAUUAAUAAAAUUCUCUCUGCUCACGAA